AUGAUGCACCCAAAGGAGGAGUCUUACUCGAAACCGCUCGCCGAGAGGGCCGACGAGUCCGAGGAGGACCUCGAGUCUCUCCCGUCAGCCCCCGACGCGAGGGAGCACAGCGUACAUCGCAGACGGGUCUGGGGAUAUGCCGCCGCCGCCGCCGUCUUCAUCGUCUCCAACAUCAUCUCGGCGCGUGUCGGCGCGCACCUUGCCUCAAGCGCGACGAACCUCGACCGCACCUGUGCGGCCCAUACCACUCAGUGGUCGCCCGUGCUCCAAAAUGUCGACGUCAAGUAUGACUGGAAGCACUUCAACGGCUCCUUCAUGCAGGAGGAAGUCUUCCGGAAAGAAGCAUCGCCCGAGGUUGAUGCCGCGUGGGAGUCGAUGGGCGUUGACUACCGCGCCGGAGUCAUCUCCAUCGAAGACGGCCUGAAGAGUGGGCUCGACAUGUCCUUUGUGAGGAGGUCGGAGAAAUACGGCGCUGGCUUCUUCGUCAACGUCGAGGGCAUGCACCACCUGCAUUGCCUAAAUCUUUUGCGGAAAUCUCUCUACUACAACUACGACUACUACAAGAAGAUGGGCACCCACGCGUUUGCCAACGAAGAAAACAUUGUCCGCCUCCACGUCUCGCAUUGUCUGGAUACGAUCCGCCAGGUGCUGGUCUGCAACGUCGACACAGGGGUCUUGGGCCAGGUCUGGGCCAACGAUCCUCCCUCGCCCUUCCCCGACUUCAACACAAAACAUAUGUGCAAGAACUACGAGGCUAUCCAGCAAUGGGCCGAGAAGCUCCAGGCAAGCUCCUCCGGUCGAUGGCCUCCCUGGCGACUACACAGCACCUCCAAGGCCCGGCGAUGUUAUCCCCCAUACGCCGUAGUCGCAAUGUGA